CGAGCGGCUCAGAACCAGAGACUCGCAGACCAGCAGACACAGAUAUUCACCCGAGCGGACUCCGAACCGGAAAAGACUCACAGAGCCGAGACUCAGAACCAGAAAAGACUCACAGAGCCGAGACUCAGAACCAGAAAAGACUCACAGAGCCGAGACUCAGAACUGGAAAAGACUCACAGAGCCAAGUCUCAGAACCAGAAUAGACUCACAGAGCCAAGACUCAGAACUGGAAAAGACUCACAGAGCCAAGUCUUAGAACCGGAAAAGACUCACAGAGCCAAGACUCAGAACUGGAAAAGACUCACAGAGCCAAGUCUCAGAACCGGAAAAGACUCACAGAGCCAAGACUCAGAACCGGAAAAGACUCACAGAGCCAAGACUCAGAACUGGAAAAGAGUUGUGACUCAGAACCACAGAAGAAUCACAGAGCAGAGAGUUGGAACCACAGAAGAACCGGAGAACCCAGAACCAGAAGAGACUCACAGAUCCAAGACUCAGAACCAGAGGAGACACACAGUGGCAAAGGCUCCUGUUUGCUCCGUCUCCUUCCUCUCCACCGGGCUGAGCAACCCCAUCACAUUGAUUGAUGGCCCCAAACAAUUCUGUCCACAAGACGACAGGCUGGCCCCUCGCCCUCACGUCUCCGCCGUCUCACUCUCUGAUACUGGACAACCUCACGACCACAGUGGAGCCAGAGGACAAGAGCACAGUGAGCAAUGACACGUCAGCGGCGAUCGGGGCCUUCAUCCUGGGCAUAGUCUUCCUCCUGGGAGUGCCGGGCAACCUCUUCAUCAUCUGGAGCAUCCUGGUGCGCGCGCGCAAGCGUUCCAUCACCACCCUCCUCAUCCUCAACCUGGCCUGUGCCGACGGCUUCCUGAUGGCCCUCACCAUCUUCUUCGUGGUCUACCUGGUCAAGCAGAGCUGGGUGUUCGGGAACCCGAUGUGCAAGGCGCUCUUCUACCUGUGCAACACCAACAUGUACGCCUCGAUCCUGCUGAUCACGCUCAUGAGCCUGCACAGGCUGGUGGCGGUGGUGCUGCCGCAGCGCUUGAGCGCCCUCACUGGCCGGAGGACUGUACUGCGCCUGAUCGCAGUGGUGUGGCUGCUGGCACCUCUCAUGGCGGUGCCGGCGGCACUGUUUCGGGAGGAGAGGGUGGACACGGGCGAGAACAACAAGGACCGCACAGUGUGCGCGGCCAAUCACACGGAGACCGAAGACUUGAUCUUCCAGUACACAUUUGAAACGGUGGUCGGCUUCGUGCUGCCGUACGGCCUGAUCGUGGGCAGCUACGUGUGCAUCCUGCGCCGUCUCAGACAAACACGCUUCCGCCGCAAGAUCCGCAGCGAGAAGCUCAUCCUGGCCAUCGUCACCAUCUUCGGCCUGUUCUGGCUGCCCUACCACAUCAACAACAUGAUGCAGGUCGCUGCUGAACUUCUCCCAUAUGAUUCGCCCGGAAGAAACAAACUGAAAGACAUAGGCCGGUCGAGUCGCGCCGUGACCUCCUCGCUUGCGUUCAUCAGCAGUUGUGCCAACCCGGUGCUGUACACCUUCGCGGGGAAGGCCUACAUCAGGCAGGAGGGCCUGGGCUUCCUGGUGCGGCUGUUUGAGGGCACGGGGCUGAACUCGGGCACCAGGAGGGGGCCCCACUCACACUCGAGCCGGGAGAAGGAGGGCCUCAGCAUGCAGGACAAGGACAAGGACUCCACCUCACGCACCAGCACCCCGACCAUCGCACGAGUCGCAGCCGCCACCACCACGGCCUCGAGCGCAGCCAGCUAGAGGAAACGCACACGUACACACGUGCGCACACACACACAUUACACACGCACACUCAGACACACAGACACACACACACACACACAUGCGCACACACACAUUACACAUUACACACGCACACACAGACACACCACACACUGUACACACAUAGACACACACACACACACUUUACACGCACAGAGACUGAAUAAGCAUUGACACACUUACUAUACACACAAUGCACACAAACAUGCAGACACACACAUACAUAGACACUAGGGAUGGGAUGAUACACUGAACUCACAAAACGACACACAAUAUUGGUUUCACCAUACGAUAUGGUCACGAUAUAACAAAUUAAGUUCAGAUGAAGUAUAAUUGAAUUUGAUUACUUGUCUAUUCCUGAGGCAAAAAAAUGUACCUCACGUGAUGGAAUGACGAAGUAAACUUUCAGUCUUGUUCAGUCAUACUACUCCUCGUACAUUUUUGGCCUCUGGAUUAAACAAGUAAUCUUGUUUCGAUUCUACAUUGUCUUCAUCUGAACUUCAUUUUAAACACUCGAUAUGCGGUCCAAGCCCGCCUUCACUCACAGCUAUGUCCACAUUCCUUGCGUUGCCUGUGACAGCAGUGGUGUAACACGCCCGAUUUCAACACUUCCCCCUAUGUGCGCUGUAUAAGACACGAAUAGCGGACGCGGGUUUGAAAUACAUUAGGGGGGCGGCCUGUAGCGUAGUGGUUAAGGUACAUGACUGGGACCCGCAAGGUCAGUGGUUUGAUCCCCGGUGUAGCCACAAUGAGAUCCGCACAGCCGUCGGGGCCCUUGAGCAAGGCCCUUAACCCUGCAUUGCUCCAGGGGAGGAUUGUCUCCUGCUUAGUCUAACUGUACGUUGCUCUGGUUAAGAGCGUCUGCCAAAUGCCACUAAUGUAAUGUAACAAAGUCACGUCACGUUUUGUGUCUCUGUAAAGGGCUGGAACUAAGUUACGACUGAAAUGUGAAAUCCUUUGUUCUCAACAACUGAAAAUGGCCUUAGGUUAUGAAAUCCUUUGUUCUCCACAACUGAAAACGGCCUUAAGGUUAUGAGUCGUAUAAACACCUAAGCAUUUGCUGAUUGUCCUUUGGCUAUUCACAUAUGUGGUUAUGUGAAUAGUGAAUUUGUCGUUUCACGAUACGUUUCUUAGCUCCACGAUCCAUAUCAUCACGUUUUCGCAUUGCUAUAUUGUGUCACGAUAUUUCAUCCCACCCCUAAUAGACACACUCACUACACACACACACACACACACACACACCCAAUGACAUAGAUCUCAUUUCAAUUUUGAGGGAGGGGCACUAACCACUACCACUAACCAGGGGGGGUCUGGGGCAUUUUAUGUACCCCCAGGGUCUCCUAUGUACACAUAUAGUCACUAAACGCAAUCUCAUUCACACAAAUGCACUCCGUUCAGCCCCCAAAAUAGCAGACCCAUAUUUGAUCAGUCACAAUUCGGUGGCAUUAACAGGUAGUACAUAUGCACUGUAUAGAUAGUUUUGUUGUACGUCGCUCUGGAUAAGAGCAUCUGCCAAAUGCCAAUAAUGUAAUGUAAUGUAAAAGUGAUUUAAAAAAUUUCAUUUUUGGAACAAUGUACAGAUCAUUUUUUGUUUGUUUGCAACAUUGCGCAAAGCCAAUAAAGUCAGUUUAU